AUGGAAGGAACCGGCGUUGUGGCGGUGUACGGAAACGGCGCCCUGACCGAGACCACCAAGACAUCCACCUUCUCCGUCAAGGUCGGCCUCGCCCAGAUGCUCCGCGGCGGCGUCAUCAUGGACGUCGUCAACGCCGAGCAGGCGCGCAUCGCCGAGGAGGCCGGCGCGUGCGCCGUCAUGGCCCUGGAGCGCGUCCCGGCCGACAUCAGGGCCCAGGGCGGCGUCGCCAGGAUGAGCGACCCCCAGCUCAUCAAGGAGAUCAAGCAGGCCGUCACCAUCCCCGUCAUGGCCAAGGCCCGCAUCGGCCACUUCGUCGAGGCCCAAAUCCUCGAGGCCAUCGGCGUCGAUUACGUCGACGAGAGCGAGGUCCUCACCCUCGCCGACGACGACAACCACAUCAACAAGCACAACUUCCGCAUCCCAUUCGUCUGCGGCUGCCGCAACCUCGGCGAGGCCCUCCGCAGGAUCCGCGAGGGCGCCGCCAUGAUCCGCACCAAGGGCGAGGCCGGCACCGGCAACGUCAUCGAGGCCGUGCGCCACGUCAGGUCCGUCAUGGGCGACAUUAGGGUUCUCAGGAACAUGGACGAUGACGAGGUCUUCACCUUCGCCAAGAAGAUCGCCGCCCCUUACGAUUUGGUCAUGCAGACCAAGCAAUUGGGGAGGCUCCCCGUCGUCCACUUCGCUGCCGGCGGGGUCGCCACUCCCGCCGAUGCCGCGCUGAUGAUGCAGCUGGGCUGCGACGGCGUCUUCGUCGGCUCCGGGGUUUUCAAGAGCGGGGAUCCGGCCAAAAGGGCCCGUGCAAUUGUUCAGGCGGUGACCAAUUACAGCGACCCGAACGUCCUGGCUGAGAUCAGUUGUGGGCUUGGGGAAGCCAUGGUUGGGAUUAAUCUGAAUGAUAGCAAGGUGGAGAGGUUUGCGAGCAGGUCUGAAUGA